AUGUCGUCCUCCAUCCGCCCCAAGCCUGCGCGCAAGAGCUCAAUCCAAAUCCACCGCAGCACACUCUCGCUGCAGAGGACCGAGGUCGUCAUCAAUGUCUACGAUCUGCUGCCGCCAGGCAAGGUUUCCACAGUGCUCUGGGCUAUAGGCAGCUCUCUGCUGCACUCAGGGGUGGUUAUCGGCGAUAGGGAAUAUGCAUAUGGGGGCCAUGACCGUCGGGGCUUGACCGGCGUGUAUUGGACGAAGCCGGCGCAAGAGCCUCCAGGCGGGACCUUCAAGCAGUCGAUUCUCCACGGCUUCUCGUUUCGCCCAACAGAGGAGCUGGAUGCAAUCAUACACGAGGCCUCCGAGGAGUUUCAGGGCACCUCUUACAACCUUCUCACCAAGAACUGCAACCACUUCACAUCCUACCUCUGCGAGAAGCUUACAGGGCGGCCGGCGCCGGGCUGGGUCAACCGUGCCGCCAGCAUAGGCGUAGCUCUUCCAUGCGUUGUGCCACGGGAAUGGAUUGCGCCACCGGAUUAUGAUACUGCGGAUGGAGAGCUCCUUGACGAGGACUUUGACGAAAGAACGUCUAUGCUGCGGCACGGCGAGCCCCAAGGACGGUAUCGCAGUGCUUCAGAGGAGGCGGAGCGGCAGGACGCGCGAGGUUCUGGCAGUGGUAGUCGAGGUGAGCAGGGAAGCGCAAGAGGGAAUCAUCGGCAUCCGCCCGCAGAGCAUGGCCCCCGGCUGGUCAACCUCAAGGAAACCGAUAGCAGUGGCCAUAAGAUACCGGCAGCGGAAAGAGCGCCCCUUCCAAAGAAUUUGACGUGA